AUGUACUCUCAAUCAUUUCUAGCUCGGCCUCUUGAUGAGCUGUACAUGGAAAGCACCAUCUCCCAAGAUUUGACCGGUAAAGACGCCUCACAAGAGCAAUCGGUCCAUGCUUCCCUCGGAGGAAGAGCUCCUCCUUUCCUUGAUGAACGGGAGAACGUCGCACGACGAAACAACGCGACUACGUUCCGCCAUUGGCCAGUCGAGCAUAAUAAUCCUGUCCAUCCUUUCGGGCAGGUAGUCAACAAUCAAAAAAUGCAAGGCCAUUUUCCCCCGGGUCCUAUGCCUUAUCAAUACCCUCAAGUCCCGGUUCACCAUACCAACGCCCUUUACCCUCCUGCAAGGCAACAGAUUCUGAGUCCACAGUCUGUGAAUUCGUAUGAUACGAACCCGCAGUACUCAAACACCGUUCGCUCAGAGACAUAUACUCCUCCCAGCCAAGGAAGCGUCUCUCUGUCAGAGGCGAAUGACCUCAAGGCUCAAAUCGAAGCGCUUCGAAACAAAGUCCGAGAGCUGGAAGGAAAGCCUGCCCUGCCCACAGCCUCAAAGUAUCAGAUCCUUUAUCGGAUAGAGAAAGACGGCACCUAUCCGAGUGACAAUCAGAGCAUGGACGAUAGUGACGAUGAAUUCAGCCCCAGACACAGGCCGCGCGGGUCUACACCCGCGUCUCCAUGGAUGGGGAUUUAUACCGAUCCUCCUGAACUCAUCCACCGAAACAUGGGUGCGCCAUAUCUGCGCUGCAAUGACCCUCUGGUCAAUUUCGAGCUUUACCUCGCGCUCAAUAGAGAGAUAUCUUUUGUUGUCUUCCGCAACUACAAAAGAAGAGCCGAGCCGCAGUCACCCAACACAAAGUACGGCAAGCCAGAGCCAUUCAGCGAGACCAUUCUUCCAGUUUCCGAAGGUCUCAAAGACGUGAUCGCAGACUUCCUCGGGGGCGAAGAGUUUCGAGCCAUGUACAACGACUACCACCACACGGGUGAGGUCAGGUCGCCUUAUCUCUUCGUCUACCAUAACCGGGGUACUGGACAAUCGGAAAUCAAACGAGGGCUGAGCUCUGAGGCACAGAGACAAUUUGACCUCUUCAUAGACUAUGUCCAAGAGGCUUACGGCAAUGAAUACACUGCAGUGGAUUUGCUUUUGAAGAAGGGCAAAAUCCGCCCGGAGUACGUUCAAUAUCUAUUCAAGCCCAAUGAAGUCCUGGUUUCGGACAAAAACAAGGAGCACAUAGGUUAUGUAGCCAAUGGAUGGCCCUCUAGAAGCCCAGACAUCCAUGGCAGCAAUCCUUGUUGGUGGAUCAGUGUCCAGACCUGGGACUUCGAUGGCGACUUCUAUAAAACUCGGACUAAGCUCAGUUUUGAAAUCCCAAAGCCACAGCACGCCACGCAGAUGCCAUCGUCGCCUGAAGUGGGUGAUUCGUUGCGUGAUUAUAGCCUUCCACUACACCACAGUGACUCAGAAAAAGAGUGUGCUAUCACGGAUCUUGCGGUAUUCCCAAUCAGGUAUGCGCCUGAUUAUAUCGUCCGGAAGCUUCAGCGCCGUGGGGAGAUCUUCUGGACAUUCCGCACGCAGAAGUACGUGUCAUAUCAGGCGACCGAGGAAGAGAACUUCCAGACCAUGACCGAUGACCGAUAUAUCAUAGAUAUGAAGACAUACAACAGACUGCACCCAGCCUCGACCGGGUAUUUGAAUAACAGCUCACCUAGAAAGACACUUGAUGACCGAGUCAUGGCCAGGGAGCAACCCCCGCAAGAGCCGUUCAGCAUGAUGAUGCCUCCGAGGAUGACUGGCUUCAACCUCCGGCGCAAGAAAUGGUUCGAGCUCUCAGUCGACCGCAUCUCACCUGUCGAGUGGAAUAAAAACGCUUUCGAGAGUCUAGCCAUCGAUUCCAAAUCGAGAGACCUUAUCGAAGCAUUGGUGACCAACCACGUCGAGCCUGAAUACUCCGCCGAUCUGAUCGCUGGAAAAGGAAACGGGCUUAUUUUGCUUCUGCACGGUGGCCCAGGUACAGGCAAAACCCUGACUGCGGAGAGUGUGGCCGAAAUAGCCGAGCGGCCUCUGUAUCGAGUCACAUGCGGCGAUGUCGGCAUCAAGCCAGAGGAGGUGGAGAAGUACCUCGAGUCCGUGCUACACCUGGGCAAGACCUGGAACUGCGUAGUCUUGCUCGAUGAAGCAGACGUGUUUCUCGAGCAACGCGGUCUGGAAGAUCUGAACCGGAAUGCGCUCGUGUCGGCAUUCCUGCGCGUGGUGGAGUAUUUCGAUGGAAUCCUGAUCUUGACCACCAACCGGGUAGGUACCUUUGACGAGGCAUUCAAGUCGCGCAUCCAGCUGGCACUGCACUAUCCCCCCCUGGAUGAGGAGCAGAGACGGAUCAUUUGGAAUACUUUCAUCAAGCGCCUUGAUGAGUUCGAUAACGAUGCCGUUGACGUUGAAAAUCUUAUGGGGAGCUUGGAUGUGCUUCAGAAAGAGAAGUUGAAUGGUCGGCAAAUUCGGAAUGCCGUCACCACUGCUCGUCAGUACGCGAAGUGGAAAAGGGAAGUUCUCACGUAUGAUCACCUCAAGAAUGUGAUUGAGGUGUCGGCGAAAUUCGAUGACUACUUGGAGAACAUUCACCGCGGUGGUCUCAUGCAGUAUUGA